AUGAGAGAAGAAGAAGACAGGAAGAGGAGAGAACAGGAAGAAUCUCAACAACAGGAGUGGGAACAGAAACUUCAAGCUUUGGAGAAAAAGAUAAAGUCAGAAUCAGAAGAAAAAGAAAACAUUGACAGACAGCUGGAUGAGACCAGAGAAAGGAUGAAUAAAGAAAGAGAGAGGUUGGUGAAGAAACAGACAGAAUGGUGGGAAAAACAAAAUCAAGAAGAGGAACAGAGACGACAAAAAGAACAAACAAGACUUCAAGAACUUCAAAAAGAAUAUGAACAGGAGAGAGAAAAAUAUGAAAAGGAAAGAAAAGAAGAUUUAAAAAGGCAGGAACAAGAAGAAAAGCAAAAGAGACAACAGAGAGAAGAAAUCGAAAAGGAAAGAAAACUGAGAGAAAAAGAACUGCAAGAAAAAGAGGAAAUCAUCAAGAAGGAACAAGAGCGCAGAUGUGAAGAAAGGAAAAUGAGAGAAGAAGAAGACAGGAAGAGGAGAGAACAGGAAGAAUCUCAACGACAGGAGUGGGAACAGAAACUUCAAGCUCUGGAGAAAAAGAUAAAGUCAGAAUCAGAAGAAAAAGAAAACAUUGACAGACAGCUGGAGGAGAGCAGAGAAAGGAUGAAUAAAGAAAGAGAGAGGUUUGAGAAACAACAGACAGAAUGGUGGGAUAAACGAAAUCAGGAAGAGGAACAGAGACGACAAAAAGAAGAAAUAAGACUCCAAAAACAAAAAGAAUAUGAACAGGAGAGAGAAAAAUAUGAAAAGGAAAAGAAGGAAGAGGACAGGAUCAGAAGAGAACAAGAAAGACAAGAAAAAGAGGCCAUUGAGGAGAAAUAUAAAAAAGAAAUUGAGAAUCUGAAGAAGACAUUUAAUGAUGAAGCCAGAGAGAAAGCUGAAGAGUUCAAUGACUUCAUAGACAAACACAGAAGAGAACAUGCAGCUCUGAAGGAAGAGUAUGAGAAACAGAUUCAAAGCAGAGAUGAGCAGUUUGACAUCUUAAAAGCACUUUCAGCCCGUAAUGAACAAAGAAGGAAAAAUCACCUGGACCAAAUCUGUGACAUACUGAAAAUCGUGGCCAAUAUGAACAGCCUGAAAGAAAUCAGUGAGUUACUGAGAAGACAGGAAGAAGAAAUGAAAGAGCAGAAAAAUGAGGAGGAAAAAGAAAAUCUGCAGAAAAAGCAUGAAAAAGAAAUAGACCAGCUGUUCAAGAAACUUGUGACUAAAGCUGAUAAAACAUGGUGGACACGCAUCAAAAACUUUUUCAAAACUAAAGCUAAGUGA